CUCUCUCUGCCUCUCUCUUUCUCUGUCUCUCUCUCUCUUCUCUUCUAACAAUCAACUGCAAAAACCACUUUUCGCUCUCUUUCUUCUCUCUCCAUGUGAGCUAUAAGCUUCAGACCAGCCACGGUGAGGAGGAAAAUGGGCAAAUACAUAAGGAAGUCGAAGGCUUCUGGUGAGAUAGCUGUAAUGGAGCUUUCUCAGGCCUCUCUCGGGGUUCGGACUCGGGCGAAAACCCUAGCUCUUCAGCGUCUUCAAAAAUCCACCACCUCUUUGGUUCAGCCUCAACCUGAAACAACCUCGAGCGAUGCCUCUUAUCUCCAGCUCCGGAGCCGCCGGCUCGAGAAGCCGCCUAUUGGGCUGCACGAGUCCAAGCGGCAAAAACAGGCGGUCAAGGAGACCUGCACCCAAAACCCUAAGGCUCAUAAGCAAAAUUCGAAUUCUCGUGCGGGUUCUAGGUUGCGGGUGGGCCAGGGAGAUUCCCGGUCUGCUAGGUCCGGUUCGGUUGGGGAAAAGAAGGAUGAGGUUGAUACCGAUAAUAUCGGGUCGGGUAAAGGAGAGGAGGCGAUGGUUCAGGAGAACAACAACGAUGAUAGCAACAAGGAUUUGGCUGUUGAGGCUUCUUUUGGGGAAAAUGUUUUGGAGAUUGAAGGUAGAGAUAGGACUACCAGGGAAUCCACUCCUUGCAGUUUGAUAAGGGACCCAGACACCAUAAGAACCCCAGGUUCUACAACUAGGCCUGCCAGUUCAAUUGAAACAAACAGGAGGGUACAGGGUUCAUCGCGACGGUACAUACCAACAGCACAUGAAAUGGACGAGUUCUUUUCUGGUGCGGAAGAAGAGCAGCAGAGAAAAUUUAUUGAGAAGUACAACUUUGAUCCAGUGAAUGAUAAGCCGCUCCCAGGACGUUAUGAAUGGGAGAAGGUGGACCCCUAGACCAUUGAAUCAGGCCUUACUUUCCUGCAAAUUCUCAGUUGGGAUUUGAGCUUAGAAUUUUUAACCAGCAGGAAUUAGUUAUUAAUUAUAAGGGUGAUGGCGCUAUUUCCAUUUUCCAUCGCCUGUUCUAUUUACUUGUAAAGAAAGUAGGAUGCUUAAAAACAAUGUGUAGACUAAUGGUCUGUAACAUAACAGAGGUUAUGAGUGUUACAAAAACAAGAUACAAAUGGAAGUCCUUUGUCUAACAGAUCAUCUCAAGACAGAGAAGGGGGGAGACUGGGUUUUAAUCAGGGUUUAGGAUGAGUUUUUAAUUAGGUGAAUCAGUGUAAUUUGGUACAGAAAUUUUACUAGAUUUUCUUUGUCUUUUGUACUGUAAUUUUCUCUUUCUCUCUCUCUCUCUCUCUCUCUCUCUCUCUCUAUCUCUGUCUAUACUUGUACUGAUGGAUCUUUAAAAAGCUCUUUGGAAUAAACAUGACCCCUCACCCCCCCUUCACUUCUUUA